UCCAAUAUCUUGCAGAUUUAUUCUGGACAAGGUGGACGCGUGAGUAUCUUCCAUUCCUUCAAGAACGCCAGAAAUGGACAAGGCCAAGGAGGAACUUUGUAGUUGGAGAUGUUGUCUUACUGGUGGACAGUUCUUCCCCCCGCAAUUCCUGGCUCAUGGGAAGAGUAGUUGAGACGUUGCCGGACUCCAGCGGAAUGGUGCGAAGAGUGAGGAUAAAAACCAAGACCAGCAUCUUAGAAAGGCCUAAGUUUCAGCGUGUGUUUGAGGGGAUUGCUAAGGCAGGAAAUGCAACUCUUCUAAAAGAAAUCUACACAGAUCUCUUCAUCACGGAGGGCGAAACGAGUGAAGUAAAUAAUGAACAUGAGGUCAGACAGAUUGAAGUAGUGUCCAGGAAGACAGGAAGACCUGAGUCCACAAUCAGAUGUCAAGACAUCUUCAAAAGCACACCUGAGAGAGCUCAACCUGUUCGAACACUUUUGACCAAGGGAGUGGCUGGCAUUGGGAAAACAGUCUUAACUCAGAAGUUUGCUCUGGACUGGGCUGAAGACAAAGCUAAUCACAAUAUACAGUUCACAUUUCCAUUCACUUUCAGAGAGCUGAAUGUGGUGAAAGAGAAAGAGUACAGCUUGGUGGAACUUGUUCAUCGCUUCUUUCCUGAAACCAAAGAAGCAGGAAUCUGCAGCUUUAAAGAGUUCCAGGUUGUGUUCAUCUUUGACGGUCUGGAUGAGUGUCGACUUCCUCUGGACUUCCACAACAAUGAGACCCUAACUGAUGUUACAGAGUCCGCCUCAGUGGAUGUGCUGCUGACAAACCUCAUCAGGGGGAACCUGCUUCCCUCUGCUCGCAUCUGGAUAACCACACGACCUGCAGCAGCCAAUCAGAUCCCUCCUGAGUGUGUUGACAUGGUGACAGAGGUCAGAGGGUUCACUGACCCACAGAAGGAGGAGUACUUCAACAAGAGAUUCAGAGAUAAGGAGCAGGCCAGUGGCAUCGUCUCCCACAUCAAGACAUCACGAAGCCUCCACAUCAUGUGCCACAUCCCAGUCUUCUGCUGGAUCACUGGUACAGUUCUGGAGGAUGUGUUGAAAACCAGAGAUGGAGGAGAGCUGCCCAAGACCCUGACUGAGAUGUACAUCCACUUUCUGGUGGUUCAGUCCAAACUGAAGAACAUCAAGUAUCAUAGAAGAUCUGAGACAGAUGCAGUCUGGAAUAAAAAGAACAGGAAGAUGAUCCUGUCUUUGGGAAAACUGGCUUUUGAGCAGCUGCAGAAAGGCAACCUGAUCUUCUAUGAAUCAGACCUGACAGAGUGUGGCAUCAAAAUCAAAGUAGCCUCAGUGUACUCAGGACUGUUCACACAGAUCUUCAAAGAAGAGAGAGGGCUGUACCAGGACAAGGUGUUCUGCUUCGUCCAUCUGAGUGUUCAGGAGUUUCUGGCUGCUCUUCAUGUCCAUCUGACAUUCAUCAACUCUGGAGUCAAUCUGCUGGAAGAGCAACAAAUGGACUCUGAGAGGUCUAAUGCAGUACAUGAAAAGUCUGACCUAAAAUGCCUUCACCAAAUUGCAGUGAACAAGGCCUUAGAGAGUUCAAAUGGACACCUGGACUUGUUCCUCCGCUUUCUUCUGGGUCUUUCACUGCAGACCAAUCAGGCACUGCUACAAGGCCUGGUUAAAGGAUCGACAAGAGGAUCAUGCACCAAUCAGGAAACAAUUGAGUACAUCAAGAAGAAGACUGGCGAGGAUUCUUCUACAGAGAGAAACAUCAAUCUGUUCUACUGUCUGAAUGAGCUGAAUGACCACUCACUAGAGCUGGAGAUCCAGCAGUACUUGAGCUCAGGUAGACUCACUGCAGAAAAGCUCUCUCCUGCUCAGUGGUCAGCUCUGGUGUUCAUGAUCCUGUCAUCAGGAAAAGAGCUGGAUGUGUUUGACCUGAAGAAAUACUCUGCUUCAGAGCUAGGUCUGCGGAGGCUGCUGUCAGUGGUGAGAGCCUCCAGAAAAUCUGUAAUGAGUGGCUGCAAUCUGUCAUGGAAAAGUGGUAAAGUUCUGACCUCAGUUCUAACCUCCCAGUCGUCUAGUAUGAGAGAGCUGGAUCUGGGUUACAACAACCUGCAGGAUUCAGGAGUGCAGCAGCUCUCGAAAGCACUGAAGAGUGCACAUUGUAGACUGGAAACUCUCAGGUUGAGUGGCUGUAAGCUUUUAGAGGGAAGCUAUAAAGCUCUGGCUGCUGUUAUCAGCUCUAAGUCCUACAGUCUGAGGGAGCUGGACCUUAGUAACAACCACAUGCGUGAUGCACACGUGAAGCUGCUCUCAGAUGGACUAAGGAGUCCAUACUGUAAACUGGAGAAUCUCAGGUUGCAUCAGACCAACUUCAAAGAGAAGUGCUGUCAAGAGUUCUCAUCUGUUCUGAGCUAUGAGUCUUCUAGUCUGAAAAAACUGGAUCUAGGUAACAAUGACCUGCAGGAUUCAGGAGUGAAGCUGCUCUCAGCUGGACUGAAGAGUGCACACUGUCAACUGGAGUCUCUCGGGUUGUCGGGCUGUCUGAUCACAGAGGAUGGCUGUUCCUCUCUGGUCUCAGCUCUAACCUCCAACCCCUCCCACCUGAGAGAACUGGACCUGAGAUACAAUCAUCCAGGAGCAUCAGGACUGUCAAAGCUCACUGCUGGUCAAAAGAAUAAACAGUGGAGACUGGAAAUUCUCAGUGUGGACAGUUGUGGAGUUGAAUGGUUGAAACCAGGUCUGAGGAAGUAUGCCUGUGAGCUGACACCGGACCUAAACACAGCUCAACGAAACCUUUUUCUGUCUGAGGGAAGAAUUUUGAAAAAGGUUAAUGAGGAGCAACCAUAUGCUGAUCAUCAGGAGAGAUUUGACUGUUGUCAAGCGCUGUGCCAAGAAGGUCUGAGUGGCCGCUGUUACUGGGAGGUUGAGUGGGAAGGACUGGUUGAUAUAGCAGUGGCGUACAAAGCAAUCAGAAGGAGAAAUGCUGAUUGCAGGUUUGGAGGGAAUGAUAAAUCCUGGAGUCUUUACUGCAGUGAUGGUGGUUACUCUGUCUGGCACAAUAACAGAGAAACACGCAUACACCCACCUCAAUCCUCUCCCUUUCACAGAGUAGCUGUAUAUCUGGACUGGCCUGCUGGCACUCUGUCCUUUUAUGGUGUCUCCCAUGACACACUGAUCCACCUCCACACUUUCAGCUGCAUAUUCACUGAACCCCUUUACCCUGGGUUUGGAGUGGGGUCCUCAGUGACUCUGUGCAAGCUAUAA